AUGCUCUGUAACUCCAGCCAGGUGGAUCUAGACUCUCCAGAUCUCACUGCCUUCCCCCUUGCCCCCCUGGCGCCCUUCUGGGAUGUGCUGCUCUCCCCGGGCGAUUUGCUCUACAUCCCGCCGCGCUACUGGCACUACGUCAAGGCCACACGCCCCAGCUGCUCCGUCUCCUUCUGGUGGAAACCCGCGGUUGGCGCGGAUUCCCCCUCGCCGCUUGGCCUGCACUCCGCUGUCCUCCGCGCGCUCCUCGACCCCCGCCUCUCCCCUGCGUGCUUCCCCGUCCGCUCCUCGGAGUGGCUGCCACAGGUGCCGCCUGUUGCGCCUGGGAAAUCGGCAUCGUCGGCUCCUCUUGUGGCAGUGGAGCGCCCUGAGCACUCGCCGAUGGAUUUCCUCGGCGCUCUGGGCCGCGACUGCACCGCGGAGAGCGAUCCUGCUCCCCGUCCGCUUCCUCCUGCACGCCCUGCCAUGAGCGUACCUGUUGCUCCACCGGCGUCCGCUGAUCAGAUCCGCCGCCGCUUCGAGGACCAGCAGCGCGAGCUGGCUCGGCGCGCGGGCAGGUCCUUGUCACCGCCGGAGCCCCUGCGCGCGGGGUCCGUCUUGCGCUCCGGCGCAGAGGCUGUGGCACACUAG